GAGGGAGAUUAGGUUAAACAAGGAGCAAGCAAAGAAGUCGCAGAGCCAUGGCGGUGUUGCAGAUGGGUUCCAUGCUUCCCAAGCCCAGCGACUACCUCUCUACCCUCAGGUCCGUUUCUUCAGGAAUCGAUAACCUUCGUCUCCAGGUUAGCUCAUCGUCUUCCUCUGCCAAUCUCGUCCGCUCGCCGCCGGCGACCAUAAUCAGAAUGGGCGGCGGGCCGCGGACGUACCCAGGGGGCGUGUCGAAGUGGCAAUGGAAGAGGAUGCAAACGAAGAAAGCGAAGCAGCUGCUGAAAGCGAGGCUUUGCCGCGAGCGCCAGCUCUAUGAGAUGCGGAAACGGACGGAGCUCAAGGCCGCCGUAGGGGAGCUCGAGAAGCCCUGGGAGGCCGUGCGACGCGCUCCUACCCUCUUUUCCAUCAGCGCCGACGAGCAGGUCAAGGCCCUUGCCGACCGAUUCCAGAAGCCUGGAGGCUAUGAUCUCUGGACGGAAAAGGACGGUCCACAGCUAUUUCAGACACCCGAUGGCCUCCCUUCCGCCAGGUUCUUCCCCAGGGGCGUCGUGCACAGCAUCAAGCACUACACAAGGGUUGACGAAUCUGGAGAACCCGAAAGCCGAGGACAUUUCCAAGACGAUGAGGUUGGAGAAAAGGGUUUUAGCAACAGCUUCGCGGUCUCGGAUGAAAUUGGAGGCAUGUUGCCCAAAUAUAAGUCGCGAGGGAAAAGAAGUUUAAUGGCCUAUGGGAGGGGAAAUGGUAAUUCGACUAACUUUAGCUCAGAUUCAGAGUGCAAUUCUGAAGAAGAAGACGUUGAUGAUGAUGGCAAUGAUCCUGAUAGAGGUGUCGGAUUGAACCGAAGCACCAGAACAGCUGUUACAUAUAGGAACCGCUCGGGAAGAUUCGCGAGGCGAAGCAAGGUAGACAGAGAGUAUGAAGAAGUCUUUGCAGAUAGCAGAAGAUGGGAGGUGAAGAAUAGACAUGGGCUCGACCGAAGAAGCAGAAGCAAUGGACAAGAAGGCAUUGAUAUUUAAAUUCGAAUCAAAGAAAAGGUGAUCACUGAGAAGAUUCGAUGUCAAGAAGGAACUCUCACGGAGGAUAUUGGUGGUCAGAUUCUACUUCCCUGGGUUGAUUUUCCUAUCCAUAGUGUCAAAUAAGUGGGUUGAAGUUAUAAUGUUCCUUUUCUUUUUUUGCUAGCUAUCUCCUAGACGUCUGUUCCCCUAUACAUGUACAAAAACAAGAGCUUACUUGUACAAAAUUAAGUAGGGCUAAAUUGUAUGUUAUUCGCUUUCA